CCAGAUGGACAGCUCUGCCCUCCGCUGACUCGUAAUCCGACAGCUGUGGCAUAACAAGUUAGAUUAAGGUAGCUAAACAACCGGCCACAAAUUUCCAUCUCUUCUCUGACUGGCAAUCAGUGAAGCAAUCACCCAAACAUAGUUGAACCAUGAUAACCGGCCACAAAUUUCCAUCUCUUCUCUGACUGGCAAUCAGUGAAGCAAUCACCCAAACAUAGUUGAACCAAUCAUGAUCCCAGGAGUAUACAGCAAUAUAAGGAAGGAAGAAAAUGACUCAGAAGCCGGAAAGUAUCAUUUGCUCUUGAGCACCAGUGCUCUCGUCGUUCAAAUAAAUUUAAAAUUAUGGUUUACAAGUUUUAAAAAAAUCUGAAAAUAAUUCUGCACAUAGUUAGUGUUGUAUCCCACAAGCAUGUAAAAUCGUGACUUGAAAUUCUUUGUACUGUGGGCUACACAAAAAUGACAAAUCUGAUGAAAUUUGGGGAUUUGAAACAUACUUCUACAGAUCUACAUUUUUGUUAUUUUUUUACAGCUCGGAAUACAAAGUAUUUGGAAUUGAUAUUUUACACAUUUGUGGGAUAAUUCAUGAACUACAUCCGAAUAUUUUUUUUCAUUUUUUUUAAGACUCACAGAUAUGGUUUUGAAUUUUUUGAACUAACCAGGAGCACUGGAGCUCGGGAGCACGAAAUCUGGGUUCGAAGCCGCUGGAAAGUAUCAUUUGCUCCUGAGCACACUCAUCAGUAUUCACUAUCUUGCAAUUGUCAUGGGUAGUGCACGUACGUGUUCUUCGAAGUCACACAUUCACACGUGUUACUCUAUAGCAUGUCGUUUGCUGCACACAACUACCACUCCUAUAUAAAACAACCAACCUACCUACCUAACCAGCAGUUGUAUCAGUCCAUCAGGCCAAACACGUACGUACGUACGUACUGAAAGCUAUCGUUCCAGGGGGCGCGACAACGGAGGAAUGGAGAUCAGUGGCGAGGCGCGGCAAGGGUGGGUCGCCACCGCGGCGCCCGAGCAGUGUCGAGGAGCCGUGGAGGCCGUGCCACGGGGACGGGGGGUUGCGCCGCAAGAGCAGUGGCGAGGCGCCGUGGAGGCCGCGCUGCCGGGCACGCCGGCGGGCGCCGCGUGGGCGCACGUCGCCAGCUUCUUCUCCGCCCACCGCUACCUGCCCGGCAUCGACGUGUGCGAGCGCGUGGCCGACGGCGCCGGCAGCGACGACGACGACGGCGACGGCCACCAGCUGAUCAUCCCCGGCUGCGUCCGGCACGUGGCCUCGCGCGCCACCGGCCUGUGGGCGCGCGAGCAGCUGCUGGAGGUGGACCAGGCGGCGCGGCGCCUCCGCUACGCCGUCGUCGCCAGCAACAUGGGGUUCAGCCGCUACGUCGCCACGCUCCGCGUCCUGGACGACGGCGACCUCGGCGGCGGGUGCAGGAUCUCGUGGGCGUUCGAGUGCGACGCCGUGCGGGGCGAGGGGUGGAGCGAGGCGGCGCUCGUGGCGCGCCUCGGCGCCAGCGUCCGGGGCAUGGCCGAGCGGGUGCAGCGGCUGGUCGCACGGCCGGUAGCCGCCGUCGUCGACGCCUGACGUUGCCGAUGGCGAUCGAGGUUUCUGCUCGUCCGUGCACUCGUGCAGGAUCGAUGAUCUACCUACCUACUCCGUACUUAAUAUUUCCGUAAUAUAGAUUAGCUGAAAAACUUUGACUUGUCA